AUGGGCUCUGCGGCCUGUGCUGACGUCCGACUUCAGCAUGUCGAUAACUACGUUCGCAUCCUGAAGCAGGUAGUGAACAAGGAUCCGUUGGACAGCAUCGAUCCGAAGUACAAGGAAGACCUGCCAAAGGACCUCCAGCAGAAGCUUAUAGCAGCCAAAGACAGCCUGCCAGAUCAGCUCGUCGACUUGAUGGGCACGUUUGGCGAGACGCGGCUAACAGAGACUUACAUCGGCGUAGAAACUGAGAUCAUGUCGAUCCUCCAGUCCAUCCGCGACUACACAAGCAUAGAGAUUGAUGAUGAAACCUUCGAG